GAUGGAUGGCUUGGAUAUUACACAAGUUCACCACUCUGACAAAAUGUGGUGGCGUGUGCAUAGUCAACUUGCACACGCGUGUGUGCUUAAGAAGCCUCCUAAACCCCUAGCAAAAGCCCUGCGGAAAGGAGGGAAAACCUCUCCAGACUCCAAAACCCCUCCGAGAAAACAAAAUGACAUUUCUACCCUUAUCUUCUCGCCAUCGCCUUCUCCUCCAUUUCCGCCUUUUCUCCACCACUCUCUCUCCUUCAUCUCCUCCAAUCUCUCUCUCAUCUGCAAAAUCCAAGCUCCGAUCCGUACACGAUCCUGAUGAAGCCCUCUCCAUCUUCUCCUCCAUCUCAAACCCCACCAGAAUCUCCUCCUGCUACGCCCUCGACCUCACCGUCAAACGCCUUUCCAGGGCCCGACGCUUCUCCGACGUCCAAUCCCUCAUCGAAUCCCAAAAGGCUCAUCCAAACCCCCAUAUCCCGGAGGAACCCUUCAUCUCCACCCUCAUCCUCUCCUACGGCCGUGCCGGCAUGCUUGACCACGCGAUCCGGACCUUCGAUCAGAUGGACGCCCCGCGGUCCGCUGUCUCGUUCAACGCCCUCCUCUCCGCCUGCGCCGCCUCGAAGAACUCCAGCCAGAUACCCAAGCUCUUCUCCGAGGUCCCUCAGAAGUACGGAAUUGUGCCCGACAAGGUCUCGUACGGGAUCUUGAUCAGAUCUCUCUGCGAAUUGGGGUCACCUGCAUCCGCGGUCUCAGUUCUGAAGGAGAUGGAAGAGAAGAAGAUAGAGAUCACAACAGUCACGUACACUACGGUUCUGAGCGGAUUUUAUAAAGAGGGUAAGGUCGAAGAAGCUGAGAGAGUCUGGAACGAAAUGCGCGACAGAGGAUGCCCGUUGGAUGCAGCUGUAUAUAAUGUCAAGAUCAUGUGGGCCGCUGAUCAUGGGAAACCUGAGGAAGUGGUGAAAUUGAUGGAUGAGAUGGUCUUGUCGGGGCUGAAACCUGAUACAAUAAGCUACAAUUACCUUAUGAUUUGUCACUGUAAAAACGGUGGGAUUGAAGAUGCUAAGAAGGUUUACCAGGGUCUGAAGGUGAAUAAGUGCUUGCCAAAUGUCACGACAUUUAAGACGAUGGUGCAUUAUCUCUGUGAGAGUGGGGAUUUCGAUGAGGCAUUGAAGGUUUGUAAGGCAAGCAUAUGGAGGAAGAAGAUCCCAGAUUUUGGCACGGUGAAGCGUUUGGUGGAGGGGUUAGUGAAGAAUUCGAAAUUGAAGAAGGCGAAGGAGCUGAUUGGAGAGGUGAAGAAGAGCUUUCCAGACGGUUCUUUGAAUGCAUGGAAGAAAGUUGAGAUUGAAUUUGGUUUAAAUGGUGAGGAGAUGGAAUCUGCUCAAACUUCUGCUUAGCAAUGGAACGGUCAUAGCAGUGCAACGGUUGUUUGGGAACAUGAUCAGAUGGGAUUCAAAUCAGGCCUGUAUUGUGGGAUUAGAUUUGUGACCGGAGCUGGAAUUUGAUGCUACAAGUGAUACCAUCUCUGUUACAAAGAGAAGGGCCACCAAUUGCAGGUCCCAGGAGCCCCGCUUCAAAUCAAGAUCUUCCCCAAUGAUCAGCACAAUCAAGAGGUCACAGUGGGACAUGUGCACAUUUACGUGUGGACCACCUAGGUUGCACAUUUAUGUCUGGAUGUCUAGGUCCCACUGACUUAGAUGAAUGUUGAAGAAACAUCGAGGUGGAGCCCAUAUAUAAUAUGUGAAGGCCCAUGGAUGGUGAAUGUCUAAUUUCUUUUCCAUUCAACAGGCAUUUUUAUAGAUUUAAAUUGUCCAAGUUCAGAGAUUUGAUUUGGUUACUUGAUCGAUGCUAGAGUUUUGAUUAAAGGUUUGAUUGGAUUAGAAGACUGGAUUU